CAGAGGUCGAGAAAAGGAGCAGACAGAAAAGCAGCAGCAGCAGCACGCUCCUCCUACUCACUCUCUUCUUUACGUUCCAAUGUUGUUGCCCAGCUAAUUCAAAACAGAACUUCUCAAAACCCUAAACAAAAUUAUCCUGCUUUUUCAUAUCUACACAUACACACUUAAAACAACACUGCAAGAUCAAUUUAAAGGACCUCAAAACUUGUGUCUUUUGUUCUUACACACACUGUGAAGCUAUGCGACAACGAUUAUUUUUGGUCAGGCAAUGAAGCAUUGCAAAAAUUAUCCUGAAAAUGAUUCCUUCAAAACCCUAAUCCAACGCCUUUCUUUUCUAAAUUUUUCUUGGGUUUUGCUCCACAUAUCCAUACAGACCAAAACAGUUCAGUGUUUUCAGAAUGAUUGAUGGUUGCGACGGUGAUGCAGCAGCAGCAGCAGCAGCAGACUUCUGCAGUGGCAUCGCAGCCAAUAAAUUCCCAAUCCUCCCUUAGAUCACCCCCAUCCGCAGCCACUGCGAACCCCAAGCAACCCCCCCUCUCUCUUGCACCUGGUCCCACUCCCCAACGCGAGCAGCCGGUAGAUCAUGCUUUGGUGCCAAUUGCGGCGGCGCUCCGGUCGGGCGAGCCGAUGGCCUUGAUGUCGUGCCCACUGGCGAGGGUCCGGCUCUCGGAUAUAGUCCCGUACGAGGGGGCCCCCAGCGGGCCCUAUGGAAGGGCGGUGGAGGCGCUGGCCGGGUCAUUGAUGAGGCACAAUGCAGCGGUGAUCGAAUUGGGGAGCGGAGAUGCGGCGCUCAUGCGGUGUGGCUUGGAAGCGGGCCGGUUGUACUUUAGGAGUAGGGCUCAGCAGAGUGUUGUUGGCAAGGGGAGCCGUGGGGUUUACAUGUACAGAGCUGGAAGGGCUUUGGAAGAUUGGGACUCAUCUCCCCCUUGCAUGGCUGAUGUUUUUAGGUGCAUGGGAAAGGCAGCUCGUGCUGCUAUAUGUGCAAUAGCAAGACAUCUUCGUUUGCGAAGCGAUGUUUUCAAUCAUUUGCUUGAUGAUACCCCAUUGCCAGCGAAUGAAGCGUCCUCAUCGGUGCUUGUUGUGACCUACUUAAAUGCUUCUUUGCAAAAUGGAAAGGGUGCUAUUGGAGGUGGGAAGCUGGGAACAAGUGGUGAAUUUGAGAAGGGAUUGGUGACAUUGAUUUCCUCAGACAGUCCUGGACUUCAGGUUUGUGAUCCCAAUGGUAGGUGGUACCUAGCAGAUGGUGGGUCAGCUCCAGGGGAUCUCUUACUGCUCACAGGCAAGGCCCUUAGCCAUGCUACUGCAGGCCUUCGUCCUGCUGCAUCAUAUAGAGCUGCUCCAGAUUAUUUGUCAGGCACUAGUGGUAGUGGGAGGACAUCACUUGCGUUCAGGCUCAUGCCGCAGGGUAAUGCUAUAUUAGAUUGUUCUCCCAUCGCAUCUGCUGGUCACGUCAUUCCCCAAAGUUAUGUACCGAUAUCUGUAAGCCAGUUUAUGGAUGACCUCUCUGCCGAGGAAGAUGUAUUGGGCAGUUCUGAUAAUACUUAUGUAGCUCAGAACAAUUUGAAUAAGGAACUGUCAUUGAGAAGCGUUCUUUCAGAUCCCAUCUCUGGUACAUUUCUUGAAGAUGCCGUGGUUGUUUCCUGUGGACAUUCAUUCGGUGGCUUGACGCUGAGAAGAGUAAUUGAAACAUCAAGAUGUACCCUUUGCAGUGCAGAAAUUGAUUCUGGGUCUUUAGUCCCUAAUCUUGCUCUUAGAGCAGCAGCUGCAGCAGUGAAGAAUGAGGAUGAUCGAAGACUAUUCCAUAAUGCUGCUCUACGGAAGCGUCGGAAAGAAAUGGGUGACCAAACGGAUUCAGUGAGAAGACCAAACAGGGAAAACGGAGAUGUUACUGCUGAUGAUGGGCUACAUCGCGGGGUGCAAUAUCCAUUUUCAGUAAAUGAGAAGGUGGUAAUUAAGGGAAACAGGAGGACACCAGAAAAAUUUGUUGGCAAGGAAGCGAUCAUCACAUCCCAGUGUCUCAAUGGUUGGUACUUGCUUAAGAUUCUUGGAACUGGGGAGAAUGUCCGUCUUCAGUAUCGUUCUCUUAGGAAGAUCUUGAAUACUCAAGUGAUCGAUGGCAGAUGUCCAUCUCAGCCCAUUCAGAACAGCAGCUGAUAAAAUUAGAAUGCAUCUUGGUAUAUACUCAGACCUCCAUAGUUCAUAACUUAAAAGAUCUCACCUUGUUCGGCUCCUAUAAGAAAAGAUACAAUACGAGUUCUUCUAGUUAUUGUAAUUGAUGCUAGUUUAUGUAGCCCGAGAAGAGGUAGUAGUCUGUAUGCUUUGGAUGCUAGAGUUCCUUACACCUGCAAAAAAAAAAAAAAAGGCUUGUAAAUUGAAAAAAA